CUCUGAUUGAGCAAGAAGACCAGAGAGAAAGAGACAGAGACAAUGAAGACGUUACUCUUCCUUGCCCUGCUUGGUCUGUUCGCUGUGUGUCAAUGUCGACACCUUGGACAUGCUGUGGUUCGGCGCAGUGCCGAGAGCAACAGCCGCGAAUGGGGCAGAAAUGGUGGCAACAGUGACAACAGCGAUGAGUAUGGCAAAGCAUACGGUAAUGGGUACAAUGGGUACGGCUAUGGGUACGGCAAUGGCUAUGACAACGGCUACGACAGUGGCUAUGAUAAUGGAUACGGCAAUGGAUUUGACAAUGGCUACAACAGUGAAUACGAUAAUGGAUACGGUAAUGGACAUGACAAUGGCUAUGAUGGCGGUUAUAACACAUAUGAUAAUGGUUAUGACAACGGUUACGGCAAUGGUGACGAGAAUGGUUAUGAGAAUGGACACGAAGAAAAAAGCAGCGACAGUGAUGACAGUGACAGCAACGAGGCCAACGGAAAUGGUGAUUGGAAUGGAAAUGGCCAUGGGGCUGGGAACGGGCACAAGAAUGAACUUGGAUAUGAGAAUGGACGUGGGGACGGAUACGGAAAUGGGAAAGGACAUGGGAAUGAAGGUGGUAAUGGAUAUGGGAAUGGGCACAGAAAUGGAGACAGGAAUGGAUACGGGAAAGGCAAUGGUAAUGGAUUCAGGAAUGGAAAUGGGAAUGGAGGCAGGAAUGGCAAUGGGAAUGGACAUGGUGUUGGAAAUGGGAAUGGACACGGGAAUGGAAAUGGGAAUGGAGACAAAAAUGGAAAUGGGAAUGGACACGGGAACGGAAAUGGGAAUGGAGACGGGAAUGGAAAUGGGCAUGGAGACAGGAAUGGAAACGGGAAUGGAAAUGGAAAUGGAGACAAGAAUGGAAAUGGGAAUGGACAUGGGAAUGGAAAUGGGAAUGGAGACAAGAAUGGAAACGGAAAUGGACACGGGAAUGGAAACGGUAAUGGAGAUGGAAACGGAAAUGGGAAAAGAAAUGGGAAUGGACUCAGCAUCGGAGAUGCCAAGGGAUACCAGAAUGGUCAUGGGAAAGGAGCCGGAAAUGGCAAUGGGAAUGGAGGUGCUGGAGCUGAUGAUUCCAGUGAUUCCAGUAGUUCUAGCGAAUCCAGUGAUUCCAGCGACAGCAGUGAUUCCAGUAGUUCUAGUGAUAGUAGUGACUCCAGUGACUCAAGUGAUAGCAGUGACAGUGAUGACUCCAGUGACUCUGAUGAUUCCAGUGACUCCAGUGAUUCUAGUGACUCCAGUGACUCUGAUGAUUCCAGUGACUCCAGUGAUUCUAGUGACUCCAGUGACUCUGAUGACUCCAGUGAUUCUAGUGACUCCAGUGACUCUGAUGACUCCAGUGAUUCCAGUGACUCUGAUGACUCCAGUGAUUCUAGUGACUCUGAUGACUCCAGUGAUUCUAGUGACUCCAGUGAUUCCAGUGACUCUGAUGACUCCAGUGAUUCUAGUGACUCCAGUGACUCUGAUGACUCCAGUAAUUCCAGUGAUUCUAGUGACUCUGAUGAUUCCAGUGACUCCAGCGAUUCCAGUGACUCUGAUGACUCCAGCGAUUCCAGUGACUCCAGCGAUUCCAGUGACUCCGAUGACUCCAGCGAGUCCAAUGACUCCAGUGAUUCCAGUGACUCUGAUGACUCCAGUGAUUCCAACGACUCCAGCGACUCUGAUGACUCCAGUGAUUCCAGUGACUCAGAUGAUUCAAGUGACUCCGGUGAUUCCAGUGACUCCAGUGAUUCUGACAGCUCCGAUGACUCUAGUGACUCUAAAGAUUCCAGUGACUCAGGUGAUUCCAGUGAUUCAGAUGACUCCAGUGACUCAGAUGACUCCAGUGAUUCCAGUGACUCAGAUGACUCCAGUGAUUCCAGUGACUCCAGUGAUUCCAGCAACUCCAACGGAAACAGUAAUUCUGGUAAAUCAGCAAAGAAAUCAAACAAGAAGAAUUAAACAAACGGUGAGGAGCUGGUGAGAAGGCAGCUCUCUGUCUGUGCCUGACCUCUCACCUCCUUGCGUGCUGUUGUUAAUAGUUUUGUGGUCGUCGUGUGAAUCCCAGGUUCCCCUUGAUCCGCUUCAUCCUGAAUGUCAAUCCCUCCUGGGAAUGUGUGCAAUCCCUGUCUAUGUUAUGGUCCUUCUGCCUGUGUACAAUGCAAUAAAGCGAUGUUUGUGUGAA